UUUAGGCGCAUUAGAACUGCAGGCCAGUUAAUUGAGGAUCUUCUGCACGUUUAUCCCCAGACACUCAGACACUGCUGUACUCAGACUAACGAUCAGAAAACAGACAAUAAAAGCCUGUCCCCAUUUUCGUGUCAGAUCGUGUAGACGAACUCAAUCUGCAGACUUUCAGAAGUUCAAGCAUCGUGCUUAGCCUCCCUGUUAAAAAGCUCCAGUGCAGCACGAGCGCACGCGACUCGAUUCUUUUUCUGGCGCGAGCACUGACUGAGACCAAAAAAGAAGCUCGGAGUGGUCAAACGGGAGAGCGAGCGAAGGGCUGCAGUUUUAAGGCGCAGACUGACCGCACUGCUGCUGGAGGAACUCACUCACUGGCUCCAAACCGAUCGGCAUUAACGAAUAUUUCAGGGGCGGAGGUGGUCGGUAAUCAUCGCUAAUGCUGAAAUAUGAGCAAACGGAACUAAGGCGGAUGAACAAGGCACGCCAAGAAGUCGUGUCUCUGCGUGAGGAGAGAAGUUAGCCCCCAAGAGAGAAAGAGAGAGAGAGAAAAAAUUGGGUUGCACGGAAUGGGAUUUCGCAAAGGGAGAUAAAAGCCUCCCUCUCCCCUCGCUGAACCGGGAACGAACGGCGGCGAACGAGCCCCAAUGUUUCCAUCAAUGGCGAACUUCUGACUGAGGAAUUCAUUCACAAGGAAUAAAAGGUUUUUGGUGGAUCUGAUAAGGCAGUUUGUAAACACAGCACAAGACGGUCUGAAGACGGAGCGAGAAUGAUUCAUUUGUACCAAAGGUCGUGGACUCUGUCAUGGUUUAUUCUCCUAUGUGUUUUUGGGGGAAUCACUUCACAGGAACGACAGGGCUACCUGAUUGCCGCUCCAUCAGUUUUUCGUGCUGGAGUGGAGGAGGCAGUGAGUGUCACCCUCUUUAACACUGUGGAGGAGACACGGGUACAGGUGCAGCUAAGCGUUAAGGGCGAGACAGUGGCACACAGUCAUGGCACAGUCCUAGAUAAAGGCACUCUUAAACUGAAGGUGCCAUCAGACUUACGGGGCCAGGCUGUUCUCAAGGUGUGGGGGAACCGACACCUCACUGAGGGCGGCUACAUCUUCCACAACCACACUACAGUGACCAUUGACAGCAAAGGCACAGCAAUCUUCAUUCAGACCGACAAGCCCAUCUACAAACCACAGCACAAAGUGCUCAUCAAUGUGUAUUCCAUCACGCCAGACCUGAGACCUGCUAAUGACAAGAUUGAAGCUUACGUUGUGGACCCAAGAGGAUCUCGCAUGGUCCAGUGGAAAGAUCUCAAGCCCAUUUGUUGUGGGAUUGUUAAUAUGAGUUUCCCGCUAUCAGACCAACCAGUCUUUGGUGAGUGGCUUGUUUUCGUCGAGGUACAAGGCCACACCUACAACAAGUCUUUUGAAGUUCAGAAGUAUGUCACACCCAGGUUUGAGCUGAUUUUGGAACCCCCGCCAUACAUACGAGAUCUCAACAGAUGUGAACAGGCCACUGUAAAGGCCAGGUAUACGUUUGGGAAGCCUGUGACAGGCAAGUUAACAGUGAACAUGACAGUAAACGGGGUUGGAUACUACAGACAUGAAGUGGGUCAUCCUGUGGUGAAGACAAUGGAGAUCAAAGGGUCAGCCACCUUCAGUCUCUGUGUGAAGGAUAUGAUGCCUCUGGAUGUCACUGAUCACUUCCGGGGCACAGUAAACAUGUGGGUGUCAGUGAGUAGUGUGGACGGGGGCCGGCAGACCAUGUUCGAUGAUUCCACACCAGUCCACAAGCAGCUCAUCGACAUCAAGUACUCCAAGGACACACGCAAGCAGUUCAAGCCUGGUUUGCCUUACAAGGGGAAGAUUGAGGUAUUGUUUCCGGACGGGAGCCCUGCGGAUGGUGUCCACGUCCGUGUGAAGGCAGAACUCACCCCAAAGGACAACGUCUACACCAGUGAGCUGACUUCGCAGAAUGGCGAGGCAGCUUUCGAGAUCCCUUCCAUCCCCACUGCUGCCCAGUACGUCUGGCUAGAGACGAAAGUGGUAGCCAUUGAUGGAAAACCAGCAGGGGACCAGUAUCUGCCCAGCUAUCUGUCUAUUAGCAGCUGGUACUCUCCGAGCAAAUGUCACAUUCAGCUCCAGAGCCCUGUUGCUCCACUCAUAAUUGGGCAGGAAGCAGAGAUCAUGCUGAAGUCCACUUGCCCCUGCAACUUCACCCUGCACUAUGAGAUCACGUCUCGUGGGAAUAUUGUCCAGUCGGGCCACAGGCAUCCCAACAGCACAGACCAUCGUAGCAAGAGAGCAGCUGUCACCUUUGACAAAAACAUUCACACCACUCCUCAGCCCCCACUAGACUCGGGUUUAGCAGAAGCCUCAGCUCAGGAUGAUUCAGACAGCUGUGUGUCUGUGGUGCACUUCCCUGUUAUUGCUGCCAUGGCGCCCCUCAGCCGCCUGCUGGUCUAUUAUGUGCGUGAGAAUGGAGAAGGGGUGACUGACAGCCUGCAAAUUCCCGUACUGCCUCGUUUUGAGAAUCAGGUGUCAGUCUCUCUGUCCACUAAUGAGUCGAUGCCAGGCAGUCCGCUCAGUCUUCGUGUCAGAGGAGAGAAAGGCUCAUGUGUGUGUGUGGCCACUGUGGACAAGAGCAUGUAUCUCCUGAAACCUGGCUUCCAACUCACCCCUGAAAAGGUGUUCAAGGAACUUGCUGAUUUUGACGUGUCUGAUGCUUUUGGCGUACCCAAAGAUGACGGGCAUUUCUGGUGGCCUGGAUUGUCAUCACGGCGACGGCGCUCUUCGGUUUUCCCGUGGCACUGGGAUAUCACCAAGGAUGCUCGCUUCGCUUUCACGGAGACAGGCUUGGUAGUGAUGACGGAUAUGGUAAGGCUGAAUCACAGGCAGACUGGUGGCAUGUACACAGAUGAGGCCGUUCCUGCCUUCCAGGCUCACACCUCCACCCAGGCAGCUAUGCACACCCGCUCAUCAGCACGAGCAGUCAAGCACAAACGCACUUUCUUCCCUGAGACAUGGAUAUGGCACUGCCUCAAUGUCAGCAAUGCAAGUGGAGAAGCUGAGUUGCAAUUGGAUGUCCCAGAUUCCAUCACCACCUGGGUGACAGAAGUGAUUGGUCUCUCAGAGGAGAAAGGGCUGGGCCUGGCACAUCCAGUAGAACUCCGCACGUUCAAGCCCUUUUUCAUCGACUUCACCCUGCCAUACAGCGUGAUCCGUGGAGAACAGACCAAAGUCCCUCUCACUGUCUACAACUACCUCCCCACCUGCGCAGAGGUUCACGUGAAGGUGUCUGUGCCUAAAGGGAUUAAGUUUGUGGGUCACCCAGGGAAGCACCAUUUGACUCGCAAGAAGUGUGUGGCCCCUGGAGAGGCAGCACCUACCUUUAUAGUACUGUCCUUUACGGAGCUGGUUACAGCAAACAUCACAGCUCGUGCUAUUGCGUACAGUGAGCCAAGCUGCUGCUCUGACGGCCUGCAGCCCAAUAAAGCAGGCAAAGCAACUGAGGAGCAGGAGGAGCGCAGGAGCCCUGCAGGAACGGACUAUGUGCGCAGAAGUGUGCUGGUAGAGCCUGAAGGUCUACCUAGAGAGUAUACGUACAGUGUCUUCUUUUGUCCAAAUGAAAGAAUCCAUAUCUCCACGCCAAAUAAGUAUGAAUACCAGUAUGUGAAGAAGCCAUCGAAAGUCACACACAUACAAGUAUCAGUAAAGACACACAAUGAUGCCCACAUUGCCUUGGCACCAAGCGCCCAUGACAGCACUGAGAUGGUGGAGGUGGUGCUGGGUGGCAGGCAGAACUCUCGCUCUUGGAUCUCAGUGGGAAAGAUGGGGGAACCUGUGGUCAGCGUCCCCACACCUGGUAUCCUGUCCUGGGACGAGUUCCGUAGCUUUUGGAUCAGCUGGAGGGGGGGUGGGGUUCAGGUGGGUUAUGGCCUGGAGCCAUCCACUGAGUCGCUGAUCCUGCAGUGGGCCGGGCCCCUCCGAGCUCAGGUACACCACAUUGGUUUUUCCACGGGAUGGGGCUCAGUGGGAGAGUUCAAGAUAUGGCGCAAAGAAGAUGUAGACGAGAACCACAACGAAGCCUUCACACUGGGAGUCCCACACAAUGUGGUGCCAGGUUCAGAGAGAGCCACCGCCUCCAUGAUUGGGGAUGUCAUGGGUCCUACUCUCAAUAAUCUGGACAAACUCCUCCGGUUGCCCUUUGGUUGCGGGGAGCAGAACAUGAUCCAUUUUGCACCAAAUGUCUUUGUGCUCAAGUACCUGCAGAAAACUCAUCAACUCAGCCCAGAGGUGGAGGCAGAAGCCACAGACUACCUACUACAAGGAUAUCAGAGACAGUUAACAUAUAAGAGGCAGGAUGGCUCCUACAGUGCCUUUGGAGAGAGAGACUCUUCUGGAAGCAUGUGGUUGACGGCAUUUGUGCUGAAGUCUUUUGCUCAGUCUCGUGGUUUUAUCUUCAUUGACCCAGAGGAAUUGCAGGCAGCCAAAGCCUGGCUGAUCAGCCACCAAAGAGAAGAAGGCUCCUUUCCUGCUAUGGGCAGGAUACUCAACAAAGACCUGCAGGGUGGGAUCCAUGGAAAGAUCUCAUUGACAGCAUAUGUGGUGACAGCUCUCUUGGAGACCGGGAUUACAACUGAGGAGGAGAAGCUUGCUGUGGAUAAAGCUAAGGCCUUCCUGGAGAGUAACACAUACUCUGCUGAUGACCCAUACACAACAGCUCUCUCUGCAUAUGCUCUUGCUCUGUUGCGAAGCCCUUAUGCCCCCCUGGCCCUACGACGCCUCAACCACAUGGCCAUCACCCAAGAUGGGUUUACUCACUGGAGUCUCACUGGCAGCACUGUGGCUGAUGAGGACACCUUCAUGGGUUUUAAUGAUGGCCUUUCCCAGUCAGUGGUGUCAGCAGAGGUGGAGAUGACAGCCUAUGGUCUGCUCACUUACACCUUGAUGGGUGAUGUAGCAUCUGCUCUUCCUGUAGUUAAAUGGUUAUCUCAACAAAGGAAUGCGCUUGGUGGCUUCUCCUCAACUCAGGACACUUGUGUAGCCCUGCAAGCACUAUCGGAAUAUGCCAUCUUGUCCUAUGUUGGAGGUGUGAACCUAACCAUCUCUCUGGCCUCAACCAAUCUGGACUUUCAAGAGACCUUUGAGCUUCAACGGGAUAAUAAGAAGAUUUUGCAGAAAGCUGUGAUCCCCAGUAUUCCCACAGGGCUGUUUGUGAGCGCCAAAGGAGAAGGCUGCUGUCUGAUGCAGAUCGAUGUGACUUAUAACGUCCCUGACCCUGUAGCUAAGCCGGCCUUCCAGCUGAUGGUGCAGCUGAAGGAGCCCAGGCAGGAGCGCCACAUUCCGCUCUCCUCCUCGUGGCACUCAUCCUCUCGCACCCGCUCCCGUGCCGCUAACCGCUCGGAGCUAAGUCGUUCCCGCAGGGCCCCUGCCGAUGACGAGGAUCCCGCUGGCCACCAGGACCACCUGGACUACCGCCUCACUCUUGAAGCUUGCACCAGAUGGCUACAUCCUGGUUCAUCCAACAUGGCUGUCCUGGAGAUCCCUCUGCUAUCUGGCUUCCGUGCUGAUGUUGAGAGCUUGGAAAGGCUGUUGAUGGAUAAACGAGUGGGGCUCAAGAGAUACGAAAUGGAGGGCCGUAAAGUCCUCUUCUACUUUGAUGAGAUCCCCAGUCAGUGCAUGACUUGUGUAGCCUUUCAGGCAGUGAGGGAGUACAUUGUGGGAAAGACAGCACCAGUGCCAGUCAAGGUCUAUGACUAUUAUGAGCCAGCAUUUGAGGCCACCCGUUUCUAUAACGUGAGUGAGAGCAGUCCACUGGCACGGGAGCUGUGUGAUGGUACCUCAUGUAAUGAAGUAGAGAGUUCCAGUAACCAGUGGACAGGCUUUGUGCAGGGCAGUCAGUGUAAUAAUGUGUUUGGCUGUCCAGAGGAAGAGCACUAUGAACGCUGUACAUGCUACAGGGAUUGUGGGUAUGAUGGAGAGCCAGUAUGUGGCUCUGAUAGCCAGCUCUACCAGAACCAGUGUCAGCUGGAGGUGUCUGCCUGCAGGAACGGCACACGCAUUGAGCAGGUGCCCCUCAGCCAGUGCCCUCAGAUGGAGGUGAUGGUUGAAGAGCGAGAGCCAGCUACAGGCGAGGAGCCAGAGCAGAUCCCCAUACUUAUUCCUACAGAUGAGCAGGACUCCAUGGGGGAAGUGUCCUACUAUUCCUAUGAGUAUGACCCUGAUGUGGAGCCCUUCCCUCUGGAGAAAGAGGAGCAGUUGGGGCAGACUGGAGAGGAAGCGGAAGCUGCUGAAAUGCUCAGGCCCCUGGACAGACACCCACCGACAGUGGAUACAAAGGAUUCACCUGAACGAUGAGAGCUUAUCCGGGCGGCAGCGAAGAUGAACGCACAUUGUACAUUCUCUGUGAAUAUGUUUGUGUGAAAGGAGAGCUUGAGAACACAAGGGUUACCCAAAUCUGUUGCAACAAGAUGGCGGUACUAUGUUGUAUGUAUGUGUGUAUGUGUCUGUGUGAUAGUGUGUGUGUUUGAAAGAGAGCUACUGUCUCUGUCCUCUUUCUACGUCAUAAUGGCCAUCUCUCUUUCUCAGAAGUAGUUGCCAUAGCUCUUUAUACAGUAUUUACUGAUAUUAAGUUGUCUACUUGUAAUCGUGUUGUAAUCUCAUUUGAAUAGUCCAGUAUUUAUGUUUGUAAGUAUAUUUGUUAAAAAACAAAAUGCUAUUUUAUUGUUUUGUUUUCUAUCUGUGGUAUUUAUUUAUAGCUAGUGCCUUUUUUCCUCUUGUUGUUUCUUAUCCUCUCCUUUUUCUCUACACCACCUCUCUUUCCCUGCUGUCCUCCACUCUACUCUUUACUCUGCCUGAACACAAAAGAUUGACAGCUCACUGCCAAUGCAGGCCUUGCAUUAAAACGUUGAGGUGCUUGACUACUAUCAUUACGUAAUGGACUCUUCCUCUUCACAACUACCGGAGAAAGGAUUCGCUUCUUGGAUAGCACGGAGAGAGCAGCUGUAAUGACUAACCACAGAAUAAGCUCAGUUUAAAGCUCACCCUGGCAACCGAUACACGUUCCUACACUGUCUAAAUCAGUCGGUCUGUUGGUUGCAGUCCCUACGUUGUCAUGCAGACAGAUUAGACUGUGCAGUGCAUAAGCUGUUUUAAGUUCAGUACAAAGGACUACUGGCCGAAAGUCAACGAUGAAGUUUCAAGAAUUGAUGUAAAUUGACUAAAUUUGAAUUGAAUGUAACCCCAGUCUCGUCAGGUACAUUCUGUUUUUUGGAAGAAUAAGAACAAGGAAAUAAACAUUGUAUACGAACUUUGAUGUUUUUCCUGUUUUUCUCCAAAGUUCAGUGAGUUUGGAAAAUGUGAGGAUGAGUGUGGUGAAGGGAGGAGCAGGUGAACCAACCUGUUUCAAAAGAGGUGGGGGCUUUAAGAUGCAGUCGGAGCCUCAGGUGAAGUUCCUAGCCUCAGUUUUCUGUUAUGUAACUUGUUCAGAGCUUGAAGAAAAGUUUGAAAGGUCCAUGACACCAGAGCCGUCCAUGGAGUUUCUUGGGGGGCACAAUGUGAAGUGGGGGGAGGAUAAAAGUAUAAGAACCAAUAUCGUCAGAAAAUGCUGGAGUGGACAUCAGAGGGAAAAGAAUAAAUCCAUCUGUAAAUCUAUAACGAAUGUAGACUGAAAUAGUACACUGUCACAUUGUGCGAUGUGAUGUUAGCUGUGUCUUUCUUUUGUGGGGUAAUAGAAUGUUUAAGUAGUUUGAGCAUCAUCACCUACUUUUAGUUUACUUUUAGUACUUUUUGACAU